AGAACUGGAUAUAGACAAGUAUAUUACUGAGAGGUGAUUGGGGAAAAUGAGAUUCUUGUAAAGGAAAGGCCAACAAUUUUGUUGUACAAGCUGUAUGCAAGCAAUGAUUGAUUGACCAGUGGAGUCAACCACGGGAGAACGCACGAUCCCCUCAAAACCGGUCAACGGUCAAGGUUUAACGGUCAGGAAGCAAACAGGCAACCGAUGUAAACAACGAACACUCGCUCCUCCUUCCCCUGUUCUUUCUUCUCCGUCCCGCCGUGUCCAUGGCGCUCAACCAGACGUCGCCGGAGCAUCGCAUGGUAUGCUACGACACCAACCGCAUCGACUCUGAAGGCGUCUUUCUCGGCGACAAGCCUCUCCUCUUCUCCGUCCCCCUCUUCCUCUUCGAGCUCAUCGUCGUCUUCUCCUCCACCAACCUCCUCCAUUCCCUCCUCCGCCGCCUCCACCAGUGCCGCUUUGUCUCCCACAUACUCACGGGCAUUCUUCUCGGGCCGUCGGUGAUCGGGCAACGACAAGCUCUGGAGCAGAGUCUGUUCCCGGAGCGCGGCCUCCUCAUACUCGAGAUCAUCUCCCUCUUCGGCAUCAUCCUCUACCUCUUCAACAUCAGCGUCAAGACGGAGCUCAACCUCGCUUGGUGGGAGAUGCAGGGGCGGAACGCGGUGGCCAUCAGCGUCGCCGGCUCCCUCCUGCCCACCAUCCUCAGCGCCGCCGCUAUCGCCAGCUUCCAGUCUGUUGUUCCCCUCGACCUCCGCACGAGCAGCUUCAUCUACUUUGUCAUCCUCCGCCUUUCCUUCUCCUCCUUUCCCGUCGUCGUCGACGCCCUCGACGAGCUCCACCUCCUUAACUCCGCUCUCGGCCGGCUCUCCGUCGCCUCCUCCCUUCUCGAGGACGUCGGCUACCAACUCAUCGUCGUGGUCAUCAAGACCGCCUUUAUGGUCUCCGAGACGACGUCCGUCAAGGCCCGCAUUGGGAUACCGGCCACGGUGGCGGCGGUGCUGCUGCUCAUGGUGCUCGGAGGCGGGAAAGCGGCGCGGUGGGUGGCGAAGCGCUCGGCGCGGGGGCAGAUGCUGUCGGAGGGUUGCUUCCUUGUGCUGCUCCUCAUGGCACUGAUGGCAUCGAUCAUGACCACCUUCAUCGGCUUCAACAUGACCAUGGGGCCGAUUCUUCUGGGGCUCGCUGUGCCGGGAGGAAUGCCGGUGGGCGUCACUUUAACGGAGAGGCUACAGCCGCUCUGCGCCGGGUUGCUCCUCCCGCUCUACUUGUUCAUCGUCGGCUACCGGACCGAUUUGGGGGGGCUGGACAGACUAUGGCUGUGUUGGGUUAUUCUGCUUGUUGUGGUCCUCUGCUACGCCGGAAAGCUCGCCGGAGUAGUCGCCGCCUCGCGCCACUUCAACAAGAUGCCGAUGAGUGAUGCCAUCUCGUUAGGGCUCAUGCUCAACGUCAAGGGAUUCGUAGAAGCCUUCAACUUUUUCUUCUUCGUUCACAACAGGCUGGCGUUGCCGGAGCAUUUGCCGGCGCUGACGCUUUCAAUGGUGGCAUCGACGGCGGCCACGACGCCGCUCAUCAAGACGUUGUACGACCCGAUGCUGCGGUACGUGGUACUGAAGCGGCAAACCGUCGAACACCUUCUUCCCGUGGCGGAGCUCCGCCUCGUCGUCUGCGUCCACAGGGAGGACCACGUCAACCCCGUCCUCGACUUCCUGGACGUCGUCCGCCCCACCAUCGAAUCCCCACUCUCGCUCGUCGUCCUCCAUCUCAACCAGCUCGCCGGUCGUUCCGCCCCGGUGUUCCGCCCUCACCACCCCACCGCUGAGGCCACCAUCGCCUCCGACCGCAUCACGAACGCCUUCCACCGCCACUUCGAGUCGGAGCAGGGAAGCGUCUCCCUAAGCACCUUCGUGGCAAUCUCGCCCAUCGGAAGCAUGCACAACGACGUCUGCAUGCUGGCCCUCGACCACAAGGCCUGCCUCGCCCUCCUCCCCUUCCACAAGCACUUCAACGGCGCUCGCCACACCGUCGACCACGCCGUCCAAACCGUAAAUCGCAACGUCCUCGAUUUCGCCCCCUGCUCCGCCGCCAUCCUCGUCGGCAACACCCUCCCGACCUGCGCGAGCUUCGACGACGGCGGCCGCCGCGUCGCUGUCUACUUCCUCGGCGGCCCCGACGACCGCGAGGCCCUCGCGUUGGCUUUCCGCAUGGCGAGGAGCAACAUCUCCAUCCGCCUCACCGUCGUGCGCUUCCUCCCGCUCCAGGACAAGAGGCUGAUGGUGGAGCACGACGAGGAGCUGAUGCAGGACGACUCGGCGGUGGCGCAGGUGCGGGAGGUGUGCGCCGGCUACGAGGAGAAAUUGUUGAAGAACGGGGAGGAGACGGCGGCGUUAGUUCACCGGAUGAGCCAGGAGUUCGAGCUGGUGAUGGUGGGGAGGAGGAACGGGAUGGAGACGGAGCUGACGAGCGGCCUGUCACAGUGGAGCGAGUGCCCGGAGUUGGGCAUCAUCGGCGACAUGUUGGCAAUGGAGUUCGCCGAUAAGAUAGCCAUUAUGGUGGUGCAGCAGCACCAGAGCUUCCGAGGUAGAAGAAGCGGAGGAGGAUCGCCGGAGAAUGCCGGCGGUGAGGCGAUCUCUGAAUCUUGAAAGCUUGAAUUUUUUUUAAUAUAAAAAAUAGGUUUAAAGAUAAAUAUAUAUUUUUGGAAAAAAUAUUUCUGGAUCAGUAUUAAUUACUUAAAUAUAUAAUUUAAUAGAUAUUU